AACAGGUACGGAUAUUAGUUGUACGUGCUGGUAUACCGCACAUCCUCGGCUAGAAUGUUCUUCUAUUUGCCCUUCGUCGAGAAGAUAGCGCAUAGAGCUGAGUCUGGACCACGGUGGGCUUGCCGAGAGCCUUAAAACGAUACCGAGCAUGACAUUUGGCUAUAACUUAUCCGUUCUCAGACAUCGCAGCCUUCGGACGACGUCAACGUCGACGCCGCAUAAGACCGAAGGAUAUACGAAGAUCCGUACGUUCUACUGCCUUGAGGCGGACGGAGCAUCAGAUAAGCUCCCUCAGCCCACAUAUAUGACUUACAUGGGACAGCACCUCUGGGUACGCAUAUCUUACCGAGAGCUGCAAAGACACCUCGAUCGUUUGACGAGAACUUCGCCUCAUCUCUCUCACCGGCACUGCUCUGCAAUAAUAUUGCGUCCGUGACGUCAAUCCGCGGCCUUCGGAGGCCCAACACGUCAAACCUUAACCACUCCUUCGUAACUCCUCUCAAUAGACGGAACGCAUCACGAUCACGACCUCUAUUGGACGUUCGAGGUUAGACUUCAUCGCCAGCGGCCGCUGAGAGCCGGGCUAUAGUCAGACGCUCGGUGGAUACGUCGACGCUCCCACCAACGAGAACUCGCUUUCCUCGGACCCAGGCUGUUGUGUCCACCCUAAAGCAAGCGACGAAUCGUAUGGGAGGACUCCCUUUGAGCAUGCACAAAGCUCUUCUCGAGACCCCGCCAGUGUGCGACGGUGCUGAAAGCACGGGGGCUUCGCUCGACAGUGCGCUGAACAGGCUUCCUGAUGAACUCCUUCUGGCGAUCUUCGAAUGGGGACAGACAUCACACCGGUAUCUCGUCGAGGACUUGUCUGUGCAUCUUCGCCCUCUCGCGUACCGGUGGGAGGAGGUCUUGUCGCAUGUAUGCAGCCGCUGGCGGACCGUCGUCCUCUGCGCACCGCUCAUGUGGAACUUCAUCCGGAUCAUGCCCGACCAAUCCAUCGAGCGUACCAUAGCGUACGUGGACAGGUCCGGGAAUUGCCCUCUUCACAUUGAGGUCAACACCUCAAGAUGUGACGACUGCUCUGUCGCUCCUGGAGGCAUUCUGCAGCACAUCGACGCCAUUUAUGCUUCCAUCGGGCGGUGGCACAGGCUGUCGCUGUACGCCAACCAGCGCAAGAUGACGCGGGCGCUUGCCACCAAGAUUAGCGCUAUGGAGCUGCCCGUGCUGACGCAUGUGGACAUGUCGUCAGAGUGCUGCUGGGACGGCCCGUCGCAGUUGUCGCAGAUGUUCACUGGCGCACCGAGGCUCGCGGUACUCGACUUGGAGUGCAUCAGUAACUUCAACUGGAACUUUGGCGCGCUCGGUUUGUCGUCGUUGACACUUCGUGCUAGUGUGUUCACAGACUAUCCGGCGCUCAUGGACUGGGACACGCUCCGCGGUCUAUUAUCCACUGUUCCCCAGCUCGAGUACCUCCGACUGUCAGGUCCUGUCAUUGAUUUCGAGUCGGUAUGGGGCAGCCCGCAGCUGCGAACUGUGGAGGUGCCAAGUCUGGAGACGAUGAUCGUGGACACGUACGAAGGGUGGAAUGGGUAUCACUGGUACCUCUUCCGGGGCAUAUCCGCGCCCCAGCUCCGGCACCUCCACAUUCUCUUAGAGAACUACCAGAAUUCAGAGGCACCGAUCGUCGACAUGCUCUCGCAGUUCAGCAAUCCGGGCGGAGGACCCAAGUUCCCUCUCCUGCGCACGCUCGUGCUCGGCGGAGUGACGGACUCGCAUCUGCCCGCGGAGCUGUUCGUGUACCGCUUCCCGCAGGUGUCCUCCCUCACCCUCGCGGGCAACGAUGUGCGCAACUUUGCGGACGCGCUCCUCGCUGCCACACGAUUGGCCGAGUCGAUCCCGCUCGACCGACGCGGCCGCAGCGUGCCGGGGGUGGGGGCGUGGUCCCAGCUGCGGCGCGUCACGCUCACGGACCUCCGCCCGUGGAUCUGGAAGGACGCAGCGGAGAAGUGGCGCAAGUGGCUCGCCGCGCAGCAGAAAACCGCCGGCACGGGCGAGGAGGGGAAGGAGGAGAAGUUCGUGAUCGAGGUGGUGCCGUACCAGAGCCACGGGAUCGAUGCGUUUCUCGAGGACACGCGGGCGCUCGAGGAGGUCGCGACGGUGAUCUUCACGAUGCCGCACCCUGCCGUGCGGCAUAGGCGGUACGGCAAGUUCGACACGCCCGCCGAGGUGGCUGCGCUUUUAGCGUGAGGGUGAAACGCAGGUCCGGCGACUUAUGGUGGUGCAGGUGAGAGAGGCAGUGGAAGGUUUAGAGGCUGAUGUUAAACGGGGACCUUGCGAUAAGAGGCUUUUUUCUUCUGUGCUGUAGACGCCUCCGGGCUCGCGCAAGUGGGUUCCUCACCGGCUUUUUCUAUGUUCUCCAGGUGGACAUGUAUUGGACCACUAUUCUUGUUAUAUCCGCGACAAUGAUGGAGGUGAAACGGCCACUGGUAUCGUCUAUCCGUGUGUUUGUGGCAGAUAUGCAGAUACGGGCUGUAUGGUAGA